AUUGGCCCCUAACUUUGUCCAUCUUCUGUUAAAGGAGGGGGGGUUACCCACCUAGACUUAAGGCGCAUGCGUAGUAAACUUCAUUCCGUUAGCUGUCAGUGCAGACUGUUUUUCAACUAUCCAUGGAGCAAACUUAGCCCCGCUACAAGCCAUGAAACGAGUCCAGAGUUAAAGGAAGCGACUAAAUGGAAAUUUUUUACUUUAGAAACAAGAAACGUGGCUUCAGCGAGCUUUUUAUUAGUUUUCUGUCAGCGACUGUCGACGUUCCUCUGAGGCGCUAACGGGUUGUCCAAGUGAGGACCUUUUAAAGGUAGCACCUACCCUAAAAACUCCUUUUAUUUAGAGUUUUUAAAGUUGCGCUGCUAUUAUUUCCAUUCCAACUAAGAAUGUUGGUUACAUGAUUGACUGAAUCAGGAGAAAACGCAACUGAAAGGGGUUGGGCAGGUAGCGGUUCCUGUUGCGAUGGGCAACCGCGGGAUGGAGGACCUGAUCCCGCUAGUCAACCAGCUCCAAGGAGCCCUGGGCAGCGUGGGGCAGAGCUGCCACCUCCACCUACCGCAGAUCGCCGUGGUGGGGGGCCAGAGUGCGGGGAAGAGCUCCGUUCUGGAGAACUUUGUGGGCAGAGACUUUCUUCCACGAGGUUCAGGAAUCGUGACUCGCAGACCUUUAAUCCUCCAGCUGCUGAACUCAGACACAGAGUACGGGGAAUUCUUUCACUGUAAAGGAAAAAAGUUCACAGAUUUUGAUGAGAUCUGCAAGGAAAUCGAAGCAGAGACGCUCAGACUGACAGGAUCAAAUAAAAGCAUUUCUCCGGUCCCCAUCACCCUACAGAUUCACUCACCACAUGUGCUGAACUUGACACUUGUGGACUUGCCCGGCAUCACCAAGGUUCCAGUCGGUGACCAGCCUGCAGACAUAGAGUACCAGAUACGAGACAUUAUCAUGCAGUAUAUCUGUAAGGAAAACUGUCUCAUUCUGGCCGUCACACCAGCAAACUCUGACCUGGCCAACUCCGAUGCACUUAAACUAGCCAAAGACGUUGACCCUCAAGGUCAGAGAACAAUUGGUGUCAUCACAAAACUGGAUCUGAUGGAUCAAGGAACCAAUGCCAGGGAAAUACUAGAAAACCGUCUGCUUCCCUUACGCAGAGGUUACAUAGGGGUGGUGAACCGCAGUCAGAAAGACAUUGAUGGGAAAAAGGACAUUAAGGCAGCUCUGGAGUCUGAGAGGAAGUUCUUCCUGUCUCAUCCAGCCUACAAACACUUGGCUGAAAAAAUGGGAACCCCUUAUUUACAGAGAAUCCUUAAUCAGCAACUGACAAACCACAUCCGAGACACCCUUCCAUCCUUCCGUAGUCAUCUGCAGAGCCUGCUCCUGUCCUUACAUAAGGAGGCUGAAGAGUACAAACACUUUAGUCCAGAUGAUCCCGCACGCAGGACCAAGACUCUGCUACAGUUAGUUCAGCGCUUGGCCGUUGAUUUUGAGAAGUUAAUUGAGGGGUCUGGUGACAGAGUAGAUACAGUUACUCUGUCAGGAGGUGCUAGGAUCAAUAAAAUCUUUCACGAGCGCUUCCCUUCUGAACUGGCGAAGAUUGAGUCUGAUGAGGGGAAACUACGCCAGGAAAUCAACUACGCCAUUAGAAACAUACAUGGAGUCAGGACAGGCUUGUUCACACCUGACAUGGCGUUUGAAGCCAUAGUGAAGAAACAGAUAUCAAGUUUAAAAGAGCCAUGUAUUAAAUUUAUUGACAUGGUCAGUCAAGAAUUGUGUUCCACUGUGUACCAGUGCAUCAGCAAGCUCAGUUCUUUCCCUGGACUGCGAGAUGAGACGGAGAGGAUAGUUGUCACUGAAAUUCGAGAGCAAGAGAGUAAAUGCAGGGACCAGGUCUUAAUGCUUAUCGACAUCCAGCUGGCCUACAUAAAUACCAAACAUGAAGACUUCAUUGGCUUCACAAAUUCCCAGCAUGUGCAAAAACAAAACAAUGGCACCUCUUCAGCACAGAGCUCAAGGAACCAGGUCAUACACAAGGGCUGGCUGACCAUCAGUAACAUUGGCAUAAUGAAAGGGGGAGCCAAGGAGUUCUGGUUUAUCCUUUCAACAGAGAGCUUGUCCUGGUUCAGAGAUGAAGAGGAGAAGGAGAAGAAGUACAUGCUUCCUCUGGACAACUUAAAGCUCAGAGAUGUGGAAAAGGGCUUCAUGUCCAGCAAAUUUGUUUUCGCUAUCUUCAACACUGAGUCAAGGAACGUGUAUAAGGACUACAGAUGCCUGGAGUUGGCCUGUAACUCUCAGGAAGAGCUGGACAGCUGGAAAGCAUCUCUGUUGCGAGCUGGAGUCUACCCUGAGAAAGAAGAUGGGUUCAGAAAUGGACUUGAGAAGUUCACGAACCCUCAGCUGGAGCGCCAAGUGGAGACCAUUCGUAACCUGGUGGACUCCUACAUGAGCAUCAUCUAUAAAACCAUGAGAGAUUUAAUGCCAAAGACAGUGAUGCACCUGAUGAUUAAUAGUGUGAAGGAGUUCAUCAGCUCUGAGCUCCUGGCGCAGCUCUACGCGUUGGGGGAAUGCACAUCUCUGAUGGAUGAGUCACCGGAGCAGAGGCAGCACCGAGAAGAAGUUCUCCGCAAACAUGUUGCCCUGAAGGAGGCACUUGCUGUCAUUGGAGAGGUCUCCAGUUCUACCUGCACCACUCCUCUUCCUCCACCUGUGGACUCCUCCUGGAUAAAGCAUCACAGCUCGAGUCAUCCUAAGAACUCAGUGACCGGAGGCAAGCUGUUGAAUCGAGGCCAUGCUCCGCCUGUUCCCCGGGUGUCUCACGUAGGGACCAGUGUUUCCCCUGAUGGCUUUCAGCAGCAGUUCGCUGGUCAACACAACCGCACCCCCACUUGUGUACCAAGCCUCGGCAGACAGGACUUCUCUUCGUGCAGCUUUCUACUGAAGCCAGAAACAACAGGCCAAGCACUUUGUCAAGUUUUCAUCUUUGCAUCAGUCUUUCACCCCCUUCUUUUUCCCUUUUCUCCAAGCAUGCAUUUGUUUUAUUACCUUUCUGAGUUCCUCUCAUGCAGCAGCCAUUAUUUUUUAUUUUCUCUAUAUGCCUUUGUCUUACACUUUUUCUUCACUUGUCUUCUUUUUGCUGGUUCCUCCCUAGUUUUUGGUUGUGUUCUUUUUCUCUCUGCCUCAUUUCCUCUGUUCUCUCCAAUGGUUCUUUAGGUUCUUUCCCAUAUUCAGACUCACAUUUACACACUUGCCACCCUACCUCUUGACUCUAAGCCUCUGUUUUUUUCCUAGUUGUUCUUAGCUCUGUAGUCUGGGCGCUUUGACUCGUAGAACACAGUUUAUAGAUAAAGAAUGAAAAAUAUAUUUGUAUAUUGUUUAAUGUUGUAUGAAAUUAUCUACUUGCACAUUUAAUAUGAUUUUUGCAGGAGGCACCCCCCAGCAAUCCCAAGUGGGAAAUAAGGCUUUUUUCUACCGAGCACUCCUCCACCCAUCUGCCCCUGUGGUCCCUCCAGUUCCCUCUGACCACUACCUAGAGACACCCAUGACCCGAAUGAUGCAUAAUCCAGCUGAAGCACUUUCCUGGGCUUCUCUUCCUCUCUUCUGGGAACUGAUGUCUGCAAAAGUCCACUCCGUCCUGAGCCUGUUUUGUACAUAAUACGACUGGCUGUAAAGGCUGGAAUGUGCGCUGCUGUCUGAGGUUUUUCUCUCAAAAGCUUGAAUUUUGUAUAAAUAUUAACUCUAAUAAGAUGUUUUUGCUAUUUGUGAAUAAACUUGUGUUUUUCUCA